AUAUUGGCAAUUUUUCUUUUAAAUUUUUGUUAAUAUAACAUUCCCAAAUUGUAAACUAACAACAAGCAUUCUUUUAUAAACUUUUCAUGUUGUUAUUAAGUUCAAAAUUUCCAGAAAAAAAAACCGAACUUUUUCCGAAAGAUGCUUUACAUCUAAUCGCUAUGGAAAAGCCAGUGAUCAGUUCAUUAUCCGAUCUUAGCCAGAUGUCGCUACAAUCUCUGGGGAUUGGAGUCGCUGGGCAUAGUCAAAGCCAAGAUAAAGAUGAGAGCAAAAACGAAAUCGAGUCCUAUGAUGACUUGCAGUUGCUUUUCCACUCGAUCCAGCGGAAUCUUCGCAAGAAAUCCGAUCUGUUGAUAGCACUUAUCCACUUUCUGGUCACCAAGGAGUACCGCUUACAUUGCACCACAAAGGCCAAGAUACCUGGUGAAAGGCAGGUGGCUGGAGGUGGUGCCAGCGAAUUGCUACCUGAUCAAUGGAAUCGGGAUGGAAACAAAUACACCCUGAACUAUGUCGAUGAGCUGGGCAAUCAGUAUGUUCUUCUGGCCAAACUGAGUCGUCGUGAUCUGGUAAUCAGUCUGCAGAACUCGACUGGUAAACGAUUGUCUAUCGCCUGUCUGGAGCCAGAGAACCUGGUACGGUCCACAACCAAAUCUUCGAUGGAUAAGUGCAUACCGAGGAUAGAUAAGAUUAUGAAGCGACUGCGUAUAGAUCUGGUGGACCCAGCAGUUCGGGGUACCAAAAAAUUGGCCAACGGUCCGUUCUUCGAUCGGAGUAUUCGCAUAAGGGAACCCCUUAAGAAACAGGAUCAUACUCCCACCAAAGUAACCUUUAAUCUGAUGAAGAGCACGCAUGCCCUGGCCAGUGAAGAGUCCACAUAGAUGUGGAUUCUAUUUUUCCCUCCAUUAGAGGGAAAUAAUUUUUAUAAAAAUGAUAAAUAAACAAGAAGGCACCCUUUGUUAGAGUGCCUCGACUUUAUGAUACCCA